CUGGAUGUUUCGUCCCCGCUGCUCUCCCUAUCAGCUGCUGGCCGUGGUUAAACACACAAUGCUGAACUGCAGAAUAUGGUGUUAGACUCCAGUGCUGCCAUGGGGAGCAAGGAACUUCAGGAGAAAGAUGCCGCCGGAGCCCUUGGCCACGAUCUCAGCAAUGGCAGCAGCAGCAAUUUGGAAGCAGCCAGGCGCCUGGCUAAGCGCCUCUACCAUCUGGACAGAUUCAAACGCUCUGAUGUGGCAAAGCAUUUGGGUAAAAACAACGAAUUCAGCAAGCUUGUGGCUGAAGAAUACCUGAAGUUUUUUGACUUCACAGGCAUGACGCUGGACUACUCGCUCAGGAGUUUCUUUAAAGCCUUUUCACUUAUCGGAGAAACUCAGGAACGAGAGAGAGUGUUAAUCCACUUCUCCAGCAGAUACUACCAGUGCAACCCAAACACCAUUUCUUCUCAAGAUGGAGUUCACUGUCUCACGUGUGCCAUGAUGCUGCUGAACACAGACCUGCAUGGCCAUAACAUUGGGAAAAAGAUGACCUGCCAGGAGUUCAUUGCUAACCUCCAGGGGAUGAACGAUGGCAAAGACUUCCCAAAAGGGCUAUUGAAGGCCCUCUACAAUUCAAUCAAGAAUGAGAAGCUGGAAUGGGCAGUGGAUGAAGAAGAGAAAAAAAAGACUCACUCAGAUGGUACAGAUGAAAAGGAUAAUGGGAGCCAGACGAAGGCUGUCAGUCGAAUUGGCAACUCAAAUAACCCAUUUCUGGACAUCCCUCAUGACCCCAAUGCUGCUGUGUAUAAAACUGGAUUUCUGGCUCGAAAAAGCCAUGCGGAUAUGGACGGAAAGAAAACUCCCCGGGGAAAGCGAGGCUGGAAAACCUUUUAUGCUGUGCUGAAGGGAACAGUCCUCUACUUGCAGAAGGAUGAAUAUAAGCCAGAAAAGGCUUUGUCGGAGGAAGAUCUGAAGAAUGCAGUUAGUGUGCAUCAUGCACUGGCAUCCAAGGCAACAGACUAUGAGAAGAAACCCAAUGUCCUCAAGCUUAAAACAGCAGAUUGGAGGGUCCUGCUUUUCCAAGCCCAGAGCCAAGAAGAAAUGCAGACCUGGAUCAACAAGAUUAACUGUGUGGCUGCCGUCUUCUCUGCACCACCGUUUCCAGCAGCAAUUGGCUCUCAGAAGAAGUUCAGUCGCCCGCUCCUGCCAGCCACCACAACGAAGCUAUCUCAGGAUGAACAGCUGAAGUCUCAUGAAGCGAAGCUGAAGCAGAUCUCCACUGAGCUUGCCGAACAUCGCUCCUAUCCUCCUGACAAGAAGCUCAAAGGCAAGGAAGUAGAUGAUUACAAACUGAAGGACCACUAUCUGGAGUUUGAGAAAAACCGCUAUGAGAUUUAUGUUGGCCUCCUGAAGGAAGGGGUGAAGGAACUGCUGUGCGGCGGAGAGAACGAUGCGCCAGGACUGAAGAAAUCCCACUCGAGUCCGUCAUUGAAUCAGGAGUCUCCAGUUAGUGCCAAGGUGAAACGCAAUGUCUCGGAGAGGAAGGACUACAGGCCAGAAACACCCAGCAUUAAGCAGAAGGUCACUUAGGGUGGAAAUGACAACUAGGGGAACAGCCAUGCAGCAAAGUACCGGUGGUCAAAAUUUUUUCAUUUAAUAACCUGUCAUUCACAAAAAAUAAGUGCAUCUGCCUGAAUGGGGUGUUAGUGACAUUUUCUAUUGUAUAUUUUGCUGUUUCUGUGCAGAUUGUGGGAGAUGUCUUUGCUCCUGCUUUGCUUUGCUUUGUUAAUUUAUCAUUUAGCAAUUGAAGCAUCGGGACUUUUUUGUGUUGUUCUGUUUCUAAAGGAGCUGGGGGAGGGGUAGAGCGCUGUGACGUAUAUUCUGUCUCUUCCCCGUUUAUCUUCUCCCAUCGGCACGUGGCUUUCAUCUCUCAAGUCACUUGUCACUUUAUUUACGUGGUGGGUGGGAAAGUAACUGGACAAAUGCUGCAGUGCUGUGAAUGCGAGCUGUAGCUAUGAGAAAAGCUGUGCAAACGGGCAGCUGCAGAAAGCUGGCUAGAGCCUAGGGAGCUGGGAACACUGGUUUCCUGACAAUGCAGAGCAUGUUGGUACUAGUACUUAGCAGCAGGUGCUACAGUAAAUAGCCACUGUUGCUUAUCGUUACUGCGUUGACCCUGGACCCAUGAGCAUGAAGGAGUGAAACCUGGAAACCUCUGGCAAUGCUGGGAUGACAGUGUUGGAAUAAUCUGUUUGCCUCUUUCCAAGCAAAGAGUCUUCUCCUGAGUUAGCAGGCUUUGGGGUAUCCAAACCCGUGCUGUCUCUGUGGUCAGGGAGAUUAGGGAUUACCCAGUUGGAAUGAACCCAGGCUUUAAAUUUCUUUGCAGAGAAGGCUGCUGUAGAUGUCAGCCAUUAGUGUUGUAUUUUAAAGACAAAGGGCCUCUGUGUAGUUUUUAACUAUACGCUCUCAUUUAGCUGCUAUAUAGAGCCUUAUGAUAUAUUGUGCCCCGAUGCUCCCCCUUCCAGGAGUUUCCUUGUUGGUGUGCACAGAUAGGUGUUUGCAAUUUCUCUGCUAACGACAAAGCACUUUGCCUUUUCCCUUCAGGAAGGGAUUUUCCUAAGCUCUCCAUUUUCCUGCUUUAGCUCUCAUAUAGGUGGAAGAGGCUGGUGCAGAACGCAGAAGAGGACAGACCUGUCCUUGCUGUGGGCCAGGAUUUGAUGCCGUCAUGGCUACUCUGUGCCUGGAGGCCAGUACAAGGCAGCCCCAGGUUUGGCAGAUCCUACCCUCCACCCUCAGGGAACCAGCCCGCCUUGCAGCUCCUGCGUACCCUGCACCAGGCUUUCAGAGGGGAGUGCAGGACAGGGAGAGAUCACUGUGGGUAGAGCUUUCCGCACCUGAAAGCCCUCUGUUUGUGCCACAGACUCUCGGGUUGGCCAGCAGCCUUCAGGCACAGGGAGCAGAAAGAUGAUGGAGAAAUCAUUUUCCUGCUUCACAGCCCCUCUUGCCUGGGUGGCAUCAUGGCUCUGCAGAGAGCGCUGACUCAGCUGUUGCUUACCACCAUGGGUUUUAAUCUCAACUUUGAUACUGACCCGCUGGGUGAGCUCGGACAGGUCUCUCCUCUUCUGCCUCUCCCUUCCCCUAUGCAGAGUAGUACAGCCAAGCUGGCUUUUCCUGCAGAGCACCUUGGGGGAGGUAAUGUUGUGGGCCAGUUGAAAACUGUUUGUUGCUGUUAUUUUUGUUGUGUCUGGCACAAGGCAGUCCUCCCGAUGGAUCUAAUUCUUAAUGCAUAAAGAAACGUCAAGAUCAAUGCAAGGACUGUUUAGAAAUGCGGUGGUGUUUCCAGCCUAAGUAGUCGAAGGGCCACACAUCAAAAAAAUUACCACCUGAGUGGAUUUGUGCUCUGCCAGGCUUCCUGAAGGGUCCAAGUCAAUUAAUCUAGCUUAUUGAACUGCCAGUUCAGUGGGCAGGACAGGGAGCGAUCAAAGAGAGAAGGACCUUAACAGGUGCCUCGUGACUUGCCUCCCCCACUGAGGACCACCGUGCAACAGCUUUCCCAGUGUUGUGCUCACCAUUGGCUGUAACAAAGAUGUUGCGCUCUCAGAUGCUGCCAGGUGUUGGAGCAAAUCGACCCUUGCAGUUGCAGCCCAGCAGCAAGACCAGAUGGGACUAUUUCCACGUGUGAUGUUGGGAUGCGCAUGCAUCUGGCAUCUGCCACUGAGAGUGGCCGCUCCCUGCUAGAAGUUAGGAGGUCAGCCCCUAACCCUGGCAACAUUCGUAACAUUAAAAACUUCAGAGUCCUGAACAGAAACCAUCAGCCCUUCCCAAGCGCUGCAGCUUUAGAAGUUGUGCAUGCUUAUAGUGGAGCAAACGUUCAGUCCUCUUCCUGAAGAAGAGAGAUACCUUCUGCUGCUGGAGCCAAAGUGAUGUGGUGCAGCAUGCUGUAUUAGGAGGUUCAGUGUAGACAGGUGCAUGAUAGUGCUCACUGGGAGGGAUUGUUUGAAUUAAUCGAGUGUGGUAGAUCAACAGCUCAUGGAGGGGGAACAAAGCCAGGAGAUCCCUGCAGCUGUUCAUCAUGCUCUGGUGGUUUAAAACAAACAAGCAGAAGAGAGAGAAGAAGACAUUCGUUCGGGGAGUGCUAAAUGCACAUUUGAGAAAGAAAGCUGUCCUGUCUUAGAUACGGUGUUAGGAAACAUGCAGCAGAAACAA